AUGUAUUACGCUAUGGAGUUGGAAAUACCUGAUAUAGUCGUUGUUGCACUGUAUUUUGCAGCAAUUCUUGGAGUCGGACUAUGGUCUUCAUGUCGAAAUCGGGGAAGUGUUGGCGGCUACUUUUUGGCUGGACGCUCCAUGCAUUGGAUUCCCGUUGGUGCUUCCAUAUUUGCCAGCAAUAUUGGCUCUGGACAUUUCAUUGGAUUGGCUGGCUCAGGAGCUGCAAAGGGGAUCGGUGUAUCGAUAUUUGAAUUAACUGCAAUUUUUGUAGUUAUUGUUCUUGGAUGGAUAUUUAUACCUGUUUAUUUAGCAUCUGGGGUUUUUACAAUGCCUGAAUAUUUGAGGAAACGAUUUGGGGGUCAUAGGAUACGCAUAUAUUUAGCUUGUCUAGCUCUUAUUCUAUAUGUUUUUACGAAAAUAUCAGCUGAUCUCUACGCCGGAGCAAUAUUCAUUGAUCAAUCUUUAAAACUCGAUUUGUACACUUCUGUUGUUGUUCUCUUAUGUGUAUCUGCACUAUUUACUAUAUUAGGGGGCUUGACGGCCGUAAUAUGGACGGAUUUUAUUCAGACAAUUAUUAUGAUAGCUGGAGCUCUUUACUUAAUGAUACAAAGUGAGCGUCAUCCAAUAUAUAUUUUGUGUGCAUUGACAUUAAUAUACUCCCUUUGUGCCUCAACAGUGCUAAGCACAACCUUAUUCAAAUAA